AUGAUUCUCCUCCGUCUCCUCAUCGUGCUGGCCCUGUGCUGGCCUGCGACCAGCGCCUGGGACAGCUGUGGAGGGACCUGCGGACUCCGGCCCACGGCUGCUGCUGAUGACACCUCGCACGUGGUGGGGGGCAGAGACGCCCAGGCAGGGGGCUGGCCCUGGAUCGUGAGCAUCCAGGAUACCCGGAGAAGAGGCACGGGCCAUGUGUGUGAAGGGUCCCUCAUCAGCCCACAGUGGGUCCUGACAGCAGCCCACUGCUUCACUGAGGCCAGGCACAUCACCAGGUGGCGCGUGGUGGUGGGGGCCACCAGUUUGCCUCAGCCCGGCCCGGAGUCCCAGGUGCGCUCUGUUAAGCAGUUGCUGGUUCACGAAGAGUAUAACAAGAUCUCGCAGAGCAACGACAUUGCUCUGCUGCAGUUGGACGAGCCUGUGCGGUGCAGCGACUCCAUCCAGCUCGCCUGCGUGCCUGAUGCCUCGCUGAAUGUGUCCGAGCUGACGACCUGCUAUGUCAGUGGCUGGGGGUCCACGAUGGCGAGAGGUGAGUUCCCAAAGAGCGCUCGCGUCCCGAGUGAGAGCUCGACACACGGGGGAGGCGGGCUGGGCUUCCUGACAGUGGAGGAGAGAGCCAGAGUCUGGCUGCGGGGACAUGUGCCCGUAGAGAGAUGGGCCUGGCCCAGGGCCCGCGGCGAGAGAGCAGGGCAACGCUGGGGCAAAGCCAAGCCCCAGGGAAGAAGCUCACCC